AUCCCCGUCCAUAACAAUGCGUCCCCCAACAAAAGAAGAGUUCGACCAGCUACGGGAGAAGACGCUUGCAGCUCGCGAGUCAGCUUACUGUCCCUACUCCAAAUUCCGCGUCGGCGCCUGCCUCCUCACAACCUCCGGCUCGUUCAUCACAGGCGCAAACGUCGAAAACGCAUCCUACCCCGCCGGUAUCUGCGCCGAACGCACAGCUCUGGUCAAAGCCAUUACAGAAGGCCACAAAGACUUCGUCUGUAUCGCUGUUGCGACGGAUAUUAAUCCGGCGGCGAGCCCGUGUGGGAUUUGUAGACAGACGAUGAGGGAGUUUUGUGAUGUUGGUAUGCCGGUGUAUAUGUUUACGCCGGAUGGGAAGAGUGAGGUUAUGAAGUUGGAUGAGUUGUUGCCGAGGAGUUUCGGGCCGGAUGAUCUGCCAAAGUAAGCAAUGGAACAGGGCAGCGUGGCACGAGCUCGAGAGAACACGGUUGAUGGGGGAG